CCAAUGACCCCGGAUGAAGUCGUCAAGCACCCAGAAUAUCCACAUCUAAUCUGGGACCUCAAGCCCGCGCGAAAGGAGAAAGCGACCGUUGCUAAGAACAGAGGCGGCCCUAUCAAAAUCGCCUACGAGAUCCAUGGACGUGGAGAUCGCCAUUUGGUUUGGAUCAUGGGCCUUGGCGGAAUGGGCUACGCCUGGCAGCGUCAGACCAAAGACCUGGCGCAUACCAAAGCGGACGAAUACUCGUCGCUGAUUCUCGACAACCGUGGCAUUGGCGAAUCAGACAAGCCCAUGCAGCGAUACUCGACCUCCGAGAUGGCCAAAGACGUCGUUGAAGUCCUGGACCACGUUGGCUGGACCGGCAAGCGCGAACUCCACAUCAUCGGCAUCAGCAUGGGAGGCAUGAUCGCGCAAGAAAUGGUACGCCUCUUCAACACAAGCGGGUUCCUCGAGAACCUGCGCAACCGCGCCAACCUCUUUAUGCCGAAGUCCCUCGACAAGCAAGUCGAAGGCGUGAAACACAACCUGUACACCGACGCCUGGCUCCUCGAGCCGGACAACCUGGAGCACGUCGUCGAGCCCUUCCCCACCAACGGCGACCGCUUCGCCGCCAACGAGGUCUGGAAGCGAAGUCGCCCCGAGUACUUCUCAAAGGCGCCGUUCAUGCUGCAGGCGAUCGCCGCUGGGUGGCAUUACAAGUCGCCGGCUGACCUGAAGAGUCUUGCGGAGAAGGUGGGGAGGAGGAGGAUCAUGGUCGUGCAUGGGACGAAGGAUCGGAUGAUUACGUUUCCGCAUGCGGUUGUGCUUUGGAGGGGGUUGGAGAAGGGGGAGGGGAAGACGGGGAGGGAGUUUGUGGGGAUGGAGGUUGAGGAGGAUGUCUGGGAGGAGGGUGAGGUGGAGAAGAGGUUUGUAAGGGAGCAGGGCCAUGUUAUUCCGAUUGAGAUGAGGAAGGAGUUUCAGCAGUGGAUUGAGGGGCUGGUGCAGCGGGGCGUUGAGUUGAACCAG